GCAUAUCAUUUUCUUCUUGCAUGGCCAAUGGAUAAUGGUCCCCCUUCUUCUUCUUCCUCCUCUCAAGCCUAACCCUAAGGCCUAAAGUUUUCUAAUUCAUAUCUCCUCUUUAACCACCUCCCCAACCGUAAAUUCUGAACCUGCUGCUUCCUUUUUACCAUUCGAAGUAAAAUAUUUAAUGAAAAACUUAUAAUAGCUUAUCUUUUUUGUUAAUGGAAAUAAUUCACAAAUAUGUGAAAACAAUGUCUCUCGUGGGUUCAUAGCAAAAACCGUAUACCUUUCCUUCCUUUCGCUUUCUGAACAACACAACUCAAUCUCCUCCACACUUACUACUAGAUCUGUUCGUAUAUUUACUGUCAUUACUAUUAUUACUUCCUCAGUUUUGAGAUGUGUGCUUAAGUCUUGUGUUCUCUGCCUCUAUAUUUCUUUCCAUAAUCACAAGGAAGCCAGUGCAAGUUCUUGAGUUUUGCUUUCUUACUAUGCUUCUCUUUUCUCUCCACUGCUGCUACUUUUACUAAUACUUCUCUAUCAGUGGUUUUCAACAGGGUCCCUUUUAAGAUUUUUGCACCAAUUUGGUGGUUUAAGUCCUCAAUUUCGUUUCUUUCCUUUUUGUGCAGAGGUCUUCUGCUAUUUUGCAUUGACCAGAAUGAUGUUCACUUCACUCUGAUUUCCUCUGUUAUUGUUCUGUUUUCUUCUAUCUAAUUUUGAAGAACUUUGUUUUUCAUUUUUUUUUCUUUCUUACCCAUGAAGAGCUUUAUCACCACUAAUCAAGUCAUCUUGAUGUUACUUUGUUUGCUCGUUUGGUGCUCUGGUGAAGCAGAAAAUGAUGCUGCUCCAAUGGAGAAAGGGGAGCAAGCAGUGCUGUACUCUGCUAUACAAGGUUUUGUUGGAAACUGGUGGAAUGGUUCAGAUCUCUAUCCGGAUCCCUGUGGAUGGACUCCUAUUCAGGGAGUCUCUUGUGAUAUCUUUGAUGGGCUUUGGUAUGUUACUGACUUGAGCAUUGGUCCUAUUCAUGACAAUUCUCUUGAUUGUGCUCCAAAUGCUGAGUUUAGGCCACAACUCUUUAAGCUUAAGCACCUGAGAUCUCUAUCGUUCUUCAGCUGCUUUAUGUCACCCUUCAAAUAUCCCAUCACCAUUCCUAGCAAAAAGUGGGAAAAACUUGCAGGCAACUUGGAAAAACUAGAGUUUAGAUCGAACCCUGGUCUUGUUGGACAAGUUCCUAGCAGUUUUGGUGGCCUAACUAAGCUGCAGUCUCUAGUGCUACUAGAAAAUGGUUUAUCUGGCGAAUUGCCAAGAAAUUUAGUUGAAUUAUCCAACUUGAAGAGGCUAGUUCUUGCUGGUAACCGUUUUAAUGGUAGGAUUCCAGAUAGUUUCGGUGGGUUAAGUCAGCUGUUAAUCUUGGAUUUAAGCAGGAAUUCGCUAUCUGGGUCUUUGCCUUCUAGUUUUGGAAGCCUGUCUUCACUUUUGAAGCUUGAUCUGAGCAACAAUCUGCUGGAGGGGAAACUGCCAGUAGAGUUUGGUUAUCUGAAGAAUUUGACACUGUUGGACCUAAGAAACAACAAAUUCUCCGGUGGGUUAAUCAAUUCACUUCAGGAAAUGGGUUCCUUGGAAGAGAUGGCCAUGUCAAACAACCCUAUUGGUGGAGACCUCCAAGCCAUAGAGUGGCAUAACUUAGAGAAUUUAGCUAUUUUGGACCUCUCUAACAUAGGCUUGACAGGUACAAUUCCCGUCUCCCUUGCUAAGUUGAGAAAUUUGAGAUUUUUGGGUCUUUGUGACAACAAUCUCACUGGGAAUCUCUCACCAAAGCUAGAAACUUUGCCUAGUGUUAGUGCGCUGUACCUAAAUGGAAACAAUCUGACAGGAGAGCUCCAAUUCUCUGAAAGAUUUUACAGGAAAAUGGGUAGGCGUUUUGGGGCUUGGAAUAAUCCAAAUCUGUGUUUCCCAGUUGGGCUAAUCUCAACAAGCCAUGUCCCAUAUGGAGUAAAACCAUGCCAACAAAAGGUCACAUUACUUGAACCUCAUUCAGAUUCCAAGUUGUACAAUGGCAAAUUGAAUCAGAGUUCCCAUUUAAUGGUCUCUUUGGGAUUCUCAAGCUACACUAUUGAUGGGUUUUGGUGGGUUACGCUUCAGAUAAUUGUGACGUUUCUACUUUUGGGUAGCUUCCAAUCGUACCUUUUUGGGAACAUAGCUUAGAGGGCAACUCAUGUAACAUGAAGCUAAUUGCUUGUCUUGGAUACAAAUCUCUCAUAUGCAAUCACGUGCUUGGUAAAUUUUCUUACAAUUGAAUUAACAUUUCCUCUUGUUCGAAUAUAA